GAGACAGAGAGUCGAUUAACCUCUGGUUAUUAAAUUAACCAGAAAAUGAAAAACCGGGCCUAAGACUAUUUUUUUAUCACUCGACAUAAGAUUAUUUACAAUAAUUUUAUGUGGACUUCCAAUAGGAAGUUACGCGAACAAGAAUUAAAAUUUCUAUUUGCUGCAGUAGAUGUCCAGAUUCGAAAGGAUUGAAAGGAGAAAAGAGAGCGUAUAUCCUGAAAGCGUCCAAAUAUUUUAAAAUUAAGUAUGUCUCUUCUCGUCUAAAAUAAAAAAAAACCAUCAGAACCGCUUUCUAUUCCUCGCUCGGGUCUUCCACUUAACAAGUUAGACUCAUUACAAAUGCCCUUUUAUCUCUCUAAUGACGAUUCGCGGCGGGAAACGUGUCUCUGUUUCUUGACCUGCCUGCACCCAGUUCAACCGGCCAGCUGAUCGUUUGUCCUGGUCGCGCCAGCCACGUCGGCGUUGAGGGAGUCAGCCGAAGAAGGUAGACGAGAACGAACGAACAGGCGAACGAAUGUCGACGACGACAACGAUGACGACGGAGACGUCGCAUCGCGUCUGCGCGUCCCGACGCCAUCGUCGGUGGGUCGGUCGGUCGGUCGGUCGGUUGGGGGUAUUGAUUUUCCACGUAGUCAUGUGUGAGUGUACAGUCGCGCAUACGCGCUGACCGCACACACGCAUAUAUAUAUACGUAAAUUUAUACACACACACACACUCGCCACGACGACCGGCACAGCUACCAAUUGCCCGCGGAAUUCCGCCAAGUCUCUCCCCGGCGUCGUCGUCGAGUGCUACCCUCUGGCUACCUCGCGAGAGGUGCUCUUUGUGGCCUCGCGCUGCCGAACAUAAGAAACGAGACGUCUCGAGUCCGCUCGUUUGUUGGUUCAUUGCUAUUCGCGCACCGAUUUCGCCGUCACGCGUCGCGGUCGUUGAAGAGGGAAGUUCCUCCUGGACGGUGCCGCGACGUUGUCACUCCCAUUCUGCUGCUUAUUCCAGAAGGGAGAGGGUGGUCUCUGGGUGGACGCGGUUCCAUGAGGGCAGCGUUUCCGUUUCGUCGGGUCCUAGUGAACAUCAUCACGCCCGGUGUCGCGCGUUACGUAUCCACGCUGCGGUAAGCUCGCCGUUUCGGCGGUCCCGGCGACAAUCAGGAAGCGGCGUCGCACCGUUGCCGGUAUCUCGAGGCACCGGCAGGUGGGGAGGCUGUGAGGAAGAGGACGACUUUCGUCCGGCAUCUAGUCCCGUCAAACACUAGAGCACCAGCCGGCGAUGCCUGCACCGACGUCAGCGGCGGGUGCGGCCGAGGGUGGUCCACCCCGCACCGAAUUGCAGGAGUUACAGCUCAAGGCCGGUCAGACUACGGAUGAAUCUCUGGAGAGCACAAGGCGUAUGCUGGCGCUAUGCGAGGAGAGCAAGGAGGCCGGCAUCCGCACUCUGGUCGCACUCGACGACCAGGGAGAACAGCUGGACCGGAUCGAGGAGGGCAUGGACCAGAUUAACGCCGACAUGAAAGAGGCCGAGAAAAAUCUCACCGGAAUGGAGAAGUGCUGCGGCCUUUGCGUUCUCCCCUGUAACAAAGGUGCCAGCUUCAAGGAGGAUGAGGGCACGUGGAAGGGCAACGACGACGGCAAGGUCGUGAACAAUCAGCCGCAGCGGGUGAUGGACGACCGCAACGGUCUCGGGCCGCAGGGCGGCUACAUCGCCAAGAUUACGAACGACGCGCGAGAGGGGGAGAUGGAAGAGAACAUGGGCCAGGUGAACACGAUGAUCGGCAACCUGAGGAAUAUGGCGAUCGACAUGGGCAGCGAACUUGAGAAUCAGAAUCGACAGAUCGACAGGAUCAACCGCAAGGGCGAAUCGAACGAGACGAGGAUACAGGUGGCCAACGAGCGAGCCCAUCAGCUACUCAAGUAAGCGACCAUCCACACGCUAUCGGCCGUCACGAGCGUCACUACCAUCAUCCUCCUCCAACACCAUUUCUACCACCACUACUACCAACAACAACAACAAAAUAGCAGCAAUAACAACACAGCAGCAACAACAACACAGCAACACAGCAACAUCGACACCAACAGCAAUCAGUACAAUUACACUCGAUUAUGUGCUCGCGGUCUAUCGCGUUACGUCUGUUAGAACGUUGUUUCUUCGUUUGCAUUCGCCGAUACCGAAUUGGUAUCUCUCGAGCUCGGUAUCGUAGAACACACGUAAUACUUAAUAAAAAUACUUAACCCUAAACUUGGCCGAGUGGAUUCUGUAAAAUACAGUUGGAAUUUUGUUACGUACUUUUUUUGUUAUACGUCCUUAUCUCCUUCGAGAUAAGGACGUAUUAUGUAAGAGAUUGUGCGAACGCACAUCGCCACGGGUGAUUUAGAAAUCAUCGCGACGAUAUGUAAAAGGAUUUGCGAUCUUUUAAAUGUCUCUCCUAAGUUUUAUUAUAUUAUUAUAAUAUGUUUCGCCACAAGCGACUGGCGAAAUCGAUGUGGAAAAAAAAAUAAACGCUGAAUUUGUUAUCGUAA